AGAUCGAAAAUUCUAAAUUGAAUUGUAAAUUAGUGCGGCGCGAUGUAAUAAUAAUAAGGACAAAUUGUAAAAUGGUUAUUAUUAUUCAAUUUUCCUAUCAGUGCUAUCACAUUCAUCAUAUCAAUGUGCCAUGGUGUACCAUGCGCGAGUGCACGAAUUCUAGCAGUCUAAAAUACAAUACCUAUAUUUAAUUGUUAAAUACUGUACACUGUUGCUUGUUGAUCGUUGUUGAAAGUCAACGCAAAUUUAGGGAACAAAAUGGCAUCAUGUCUACAGAAACAGCUCAACUAUAAAGGAAUAGCUGAAACUUACUCAGAAUAUAAUGAUGCCCAAGUUAAGAUCGGGAAAAAAAUUCUAGAAAAAUUAGGCAUUGCGCUUGAAGAUAAAGUUCUUGAUGUCGGUUGUGGUACUGGAGAAAUCACAGCUUAUAUAGCUGACACAGUGAAGGAAGAUGGUUUAUGUGUUGGUUUUGAUCCUGACAAGUAUCGUAUUGAAGUUGCAAUGGAAAAGCACCUUCCUGGUCGAACAAACAUUAUUUUCUUUCAUGGCGAUAGCUCGUCUAAAUUUCCUCGUGCUAAUGAAGAAUUUUAUGACUACGUGUUCUGUUCUGGAGUCUUCCACUGGAUGAACGAAAGUGAAAAGACAGCUUUCUUAAAGACUGCAUACCUAUCUUUAAGACCUGGAGGAAAAUUAGCCAUUUUAAGCUCAGAUAAAAUGUUGGAAAUUGCUAUUUGCACACAACAGUUAGUUGCGGAUGUUGAUAUGAAGUCAGGUCGUGCACCAUUGAAGCUUUUGAAGAAACAAGAUGCAGAAGGAAUGCUGCAACAAAAUGGCUUCGAAAUAAAAUCUAGCCUGUAUGUUGAUUAUCCGUAUAAGUUUAAAUCGCUGGAUUACUACUUGACCUGGUUCUGUGCUUCAGCCUACAUCGACAAACAAAACUUCUUACCUGAGAAGAUAGAAAAAUUUGCACAGAAUUUCGAGAAUAAAGACGGGACAAUCUCCAUUCUUGGUUCGGGAUAUGAAAUUAUAGCGACCAAACCAGAUGAAUCUUGAUGUGCUAUUGAGGAAUUAAACAACAAAACGAUGCAACCUAAAUCAAAUCUUACACUUGCCUUUUUCUAAUAUAUUUCUGUUAUUAAAACUAAAUAUGUAGAUAGCUUUAAAACAAAGAAGUAAAUAUACUUAAAAUCUACUCACACUAGAUGAAACUAUAGUUGUUUCUACACGUACGUAUGUAUCAUACCUGAUCAUCACAAUGAGAAAUUACAUGAUGAAUACCUUUGGUAAAA